AGAAGACGUUUCUCGAUAGGCUGCAGUCGCUGUACUUCGUGGAGUCCGAGGAGCAGUUAAAGUUAGCCAGUUACGCUUCCCUGAUCUCCACUGAUGACGAGGAAGCCACAGGUGUAGAGUUUGUCGCUAAUGCGAAGGAGGAGGAGAGCGACAAAGAGAGCAUUGACCUGCAGUACGACCCACCUCCGGCAGACCACGACAGAGGGUCCUCGUCGGUCGGUCCGUCACCGAGCGCUGGAGCCCUCGUGUCACCGUCGGCCAAAACGCGGCCGGGCACCACGCCGAUGAAGUUGCUGGAGAGACUCAGAGCUCUGGCCAUCCCCCCGCCUGCUUUGCGUCCCGGGUCCGACAUCCCGCCCGAUCAUCCAUCUUGGCAGGAUGACCACAUCCACUUCCUGCUUGAGCCAGAACGUUAUUUGCCUGAGGUGGAAUGGGGCCAUGACAUAGUGUGGCAUCCGGCAGUAAUCCAGCCAGUGAUACGAAAGGGCGAGUGGGUCAUGGUCGUCGCAAUCCCGGGCGCGGGAUGGGUGUCAUUCCCACGCGAGUCGAAGUCCAACUUCCUGCACCUCGCGAGGAUUUCGGUCCUCCAGAAAGUGACUGCCGAGAAUGACACCUUUGCACCCGGCGACUUGUCCCUCAUUUCCACAGUCGGUCGACUGUUUGACGAGCUUCACGACAAGUGCUGGUUCGAAUUGACGGAGGACUACUACGACCUCGACACGAGUCUGUCGAAGGGCGUGGUGGACUGGAAAGUGCCCCCUCCCAGUGGGCCGGACGCGCGGGACGGAAACGUAGGAAAGGUGUCGCCUGAGCAGGAGCCACGACCGCAACGAUUGCAGCGAGAGGCUGCAGGUACAGGGUCCGGCGACACGGAGACGACGAAGUACGCCGAGAUCCAAACUUCUUCGGGCGGGGGGUGUCGGCCAGGGAUUGUCAUGUCGUUGAGAGGGGCAGCGUGCAUGGAGACGGAAGUGUGGUCCUCGGGAUUCAACACGGGUACCGCGGAAGGGGAUGAGUUUCGUGGAAGGGAAGUAGGGGAGAAAAUGGGGGAACGGAGGGGAGCGCAAGAAGGGGAGGAAGAAGGGGAGGAAGAAGGGGAGGAAGAAGGGGAGGAAGAAGGGGAAGAAGAGGAGGAAGGGGAGGAAGCGGGAGAAACAGAGCUACUUGAUUUGCUUGAAGGAAGGGAGGGUACCGGAUCUGGAGACGACGAAGUGGAKCACAGUGAGGACGAUGCCRGAUAUGGAGAGUCGUCUAACGAGUCCUGACAACUGUACGGAGAGCAUCACCAAGAUGAUGUCGAUGACGAUGCCACGACAAU